CACCACUGUCACCCCACCCCCACUGUCAGCAAGGACAAUAACGGCGAUGUUCAGAACGCUGGGUUUCAAAUUCCCACUGUUUAUAUGUCGUGCAGGUUCAGUUCUCCGCCACGCCACUAGAACCAGUCCGAAGGUCUGGCCCGUUGUGCCACCGGGUAGGUUUUGCCCGUGGCAGACUUGCACGGCACGUUGCUUGGGAAUAAUGGAACCUUGACAGUUGGGUAGCCCCCGGGUCCUUCAGGUCACCAUCCCUCGGCGCGCUUACAAGGACGGGAUUUGGCAGACGACCACGGCUUUUUUUUUCUUUGUCAACUGGCGCAAGUACAAUGCUGACAGACCCUGAAAUUUUUACGUAGUCAAGCAGCCGUUCGCCAUCUGUCUUCUUUGCUUGCGUCGCAGUCCCAUCUGUCCACCAGCCUCCAAACCGUUGCUGCCGUUGUCGCUCGUUCCCUUCUGAGAGUCAUGGUGUAGGGCUGUUCUCUUCAGGUACCCACACAUCACCGACGAUCUCAGGGUAUAGCCAGACUAGUAUAGCCCAUCCUUGAUCAUGAUGGAGGCUUCCAUCCAACUCCACGUCCUGGCCAUGCUCGUCUGGCUCAUACCGGCCAUCGUCACCGUUGCCGCUUAUGAGAACUUUCAAGCCGUAGAAACAGGCGUUUUGUUGUCUCCUCGUUACUUCCAGGAAUACGCUGCUUCAAACGCCAGUCCGCUGGAGAAGCGACAGGGCCAGCUGCAAUGUCCUAAUGACCAACACUCGUGCCUCGAAAUCGGAAACGACGGUGGUAGCUUCUGCUGUGGGAACGACCAGUUUUGUCAGGCCAAUCCGACUGCUUUGACUAAGGCAGCAUGUUGCGCCAUCGGUUCCAACUGCGGUUCUCCCUGCACAUCAGACAUGACGUUAUGCGCCGCCACAAGAACCAUAACAACAGGCGAUAACCCAUCAGUGACUCUCCUGUCAGCUUGUUGCGCGCGGCAAUGCAGCGUUUCCUUCUAUCUCUGCCCGAAAUCCCUCGGGGGUAGCUGCUGCCCAUAUGGCCAGGCUUGCGCCGAAGGCGGCAAGUGUAUCGCGACCAUCACGCCCUCGUCCUCCAUCAGCACUCUAGUCCCUCUGGUCCCUUCAGGCUGCACGACCAGCCAGACCUCCUGCGACGCCAGCAUAGGCGGAGGGUGCUGUGAUCUUACUCAGAGCUGCACCCAAAUUACCGGCAAAGCAUUUUGCGCCGAACGCGCUGCCUUUCCGACCAUCAGCGGCAUUGCCGAGUUCCACCCUGAUCACGAUCUGAGCGCAGGGGCCAAAGCCGGUAUUGCCAUUGGCGUGGUGGUCGGCUUUGGCUUGCUUAUCGGCGUCUUGACAUGGUGGUGUCUGCAAUCCCGUAGGCGCAGAAGGGCAAGUGAAGCGGGCGGUACGGUCCCUAGUUUCUCGCACCGCUCCGGACCCAGUAGAAUCAUCGGCGCCAUCAUCGGUGGAGGAGGGAGAGAACAGCAACCCAUGUCGGAAGUCACUUCCGAUGUCCAGUCCCGGUCUGGUGGGACUCAAGACUAUUUCGGCCCCGAGGCGGCGGUCGGGCCUUACUCUGAUUCUAGGUUGCCAUCGACGGGUACUACGCCCGGUAUAGACAGAGACAGGGGCGUUCCGCUCCAGCCGCAUGGUCCGGGUGAUAUUGCCGUGCCAGUCGAAAUUGACUCGAGGAUGAUGACUGAGCAAGAAAAUCAAGGGAUUGGGGCCACAGCGUCACCGACGACGCAUCAAGCCUCGGAGACUGGGCAGCCCGCAGGUAACCAAGAAGAAGAUGGAGACCGGUAUGAGCUGUACGGAUCUGAGCCGUUGGAUAUGGAAGGAGGAUCGGUAUCACCGCUGUAUACGCCCUCGCCGCAUACGCAAACCAUGCGGACGCCAUCUCAGGAGGCGCCGAGGCCGGUGAAGUUGCUUUGAAUUACUUUUUGGCUUGGAAGAGUGUCGGCGAGUAGCAAUUUUGGUUGGACGAGUUAGCGAACUAUUAACAUGAAAAAUCAAUGAUUGAGGACAAAUUCGAGAGGACAAAUUCGAGAGGACAAAUUCGAGACCACUUAUAUGCAUCCUAGGUUUUGCGGGGAGGCGGUGAUUGAUGCGAAAAAGGUUGCCUUUGCAGUUAAUCACCGAAUCUUUCCGUCAGUCGAGGGAAGACGUAGAAGAAAAAAUAAACAAGGGUUUCAAAUUCGCUA